UCAAAAUAUGUUUGAGACGAGUUGAACUUGAAAUUUUGUUGUUGUCUUCAUACUGUAUCGCUGAAAGAAGAUGUAAAGAUAAGUUGGUUGAUAAGAACAGUAUCAGUACAACACAUAUGAAAGGAGCUGAAGAUUGUAGUGACUCGGCUCAGUGUGGCCACAUCAUGGCGCAGACACGCAUGAAGGUCAUCUUUGGUCAUCUAAACCAAAGAAACCAACAAGCUGUUGUUCCUCAGCUGCUGUCAAGUUCUGCAAGAAUAGGUGCAACAAGUGAUGAUGUUGGAUACCAGUACACUCUAAACAACUCUCGACUAGCACUUGCUCAGAGAGCAUUCUAUGAAGAAAAUGGCUUCUUGGUGAUUCCCAACUUAGUGCCUGAUGACAAAAUUGAUAAAUGGAAGUAAGUUGUGAAUAAUUAUCAGGAUAUA